AUGGGUAAAUCCGAAGAGAACAAGAUUGGCCUCUUUGGAGCGACCGCGUAUCUCACGUGCACAAUCAUCGGAUCCGGGAUUUUCGUCUCACCAAAAGGAAUUCUCGAACAUGCCGGCUCAAUUGGCCUCUCGCUCACCGUUUGGAUACUCUGUGCGGUGAUCGCUUUAAUCGUUGCAAUGUCAUACAUCGAGCUGGCAACAUCAAUUCCCGAAUGUGGCUCCGAUUUCUCGUACAUCAAUUACGUCGGCUGGAGACCGUUGGCUUUCGCUUUUCUAUGGCUUUCGAAUAUUAUCGAAGGAUCUUGUAGCUGUGCAAUUCUAUUUAUGACAUUUGGAAAAUACAUAGCCGAAGCAUUGAAACCAUUGAAUGAAAAUAUGAGUGACGAGUCGAGAUUUCGGCUUGAGCAAUGUCUCGGCUUCAUUGUUUGUCUGUCCCUUGCUUGGGUGAAUUUCUUUUCGUUAAAGAAAUGGGCAGCAAGGAUACAAAUCACGAUGAUGGGGCUGAAAUUCUUGGCUUUAGCAAUCAUCAUCGUUACCGGCUUCUAUUUUCUGAUCGUAAAAGGUAAAACGGAGAACUUCACGGGCGGGGCUCUCUUCAAUGGAUCGUCAUGGAAUGCCGGUCAUAUCUCGCUUGCAAUCUAUUCAGGAAGUUGGGCAUAUUCUGGAUAUGAUGCAUUGAAUUAUGGAACAGAGGAGAUUGAGUUGAAGAAUUUCGCAUGGAUUCUGCCAAGAGCCGUUUUUGGUGGUCUCACUAUGGCUUCCAUAAUCUAUUUAUUAGCGAAUAUCUCCUAUUUUACAAUCCUCAACCCGCAAGCGCUAUUGGAUUCAGACGCUGUGGCUACGACAUUUUCCGAGAAAACCCUCGGUAGUUUCCGCUAUGCAAUGCCAGCAAUUGUCGGUUUUCUGAUGGUCGGCUCUGUCAAUUCUGAUAUUUUCCAGUGGAGUCGAUUCACAAUGGCUGGCGCUCGGAAAAGUUUCAUGCCGACAAUGUUGGCGCUGUCGAAUCCCGAAACCGACUCGCCAAGGGUUUCCGUUUUGUUUCACGUGUUUCUCGCAAUGGCUUUUUCCUUUGUGAAAGAUGUUGAUUCACUUCUCAACUACGUGAAUGUGGCCUCAAUGUUAAGACAGGCUUGUGCGAUGGGUGCUUUAAUCUAUAUCAAAUAUCGCCGUCUUCCCGUCUCCGAUACGGCCAUCAAAUUCCCAAUUUUCAUGCCCAUCAUAGCUUUCGUCAUUUGUGUCACUCUGAUUGUCGUGCCAUUUGUGCAGGAUAUCUUAGAAUCAAGUAUCUCUUGUGGUCUUUUAAUUCUUUGUUUUGCUCUCUAUUUCGUUUUUAUUUGGCCCCGAUAUCGGUCCCCGUUUUUGCAAUGGCUUGAUGAAAAAUCUACAAUUUUCUGCCAACACGUCUUUUCGUGUGUGGUUGAGGAAGAUGUGAAUGUGCUCGAUUUCGCUGAAGGAAAUGAAGGAGAAGACGAUAAAUUGAUCAAAUUU